GGGAAGUGGUGCACCGGGUGUUUAACGGAAACGUGAAGUGUUGAAGGUUCCGGACAUUUUUAAACUUCAGAGGAAACGUCAGCGCGUCUGUUCGGAUCCGGAUCAUAUCUGUGCAUAGACACGUUUUUAAUUUGACGUCUCAAACGUUUGCUCUUCGCUGUUUUAUCGCGCUUGUCCUCGCUUUCGCUAACGUUAGCCACGUUCACGUUAGCCGCGUUAGCCGCGUUAGCCAACACUAGCGGGGCCUCGGGUGGAAAGAAUGUCACGAUCACGGUCUCCUAACUACAGGAGGUUUCCAUGGGAGGAAUCCAACUUUGAUCCUCAUAAAAUCCUCGCAGAACUGGAUGAGAAUCCACAUAACAGGAGUCACCGCCUCAGACAGACUCCUGAAGAAGACUGGGGCUUUGACAGGGAAGAGAUGUACCCAGAAGGCCAGAGAAGAUCCCCUCCUUUUCCAGAUGACCAUUUCCAGCUUGAGCAUCAACGCCGUCCAGAUGUGGAGGAGUUUUACAACCGUGCGUCUUCACCUCACUAUGAUGUGAGGGGAUACGAGGGUCGGAGGGUUUCGCCACCGCGCAAUGCCGGAGGGGACAGCGAUAGACGCAGAGAAGGGUUUCAAGACCAGAGUUAUGAUAACAGGGGGAGGUUGCCCCACUCUCCCCCGAGUUUGGUGAGGGAAAGAUUGCCACCGAGGUCUCAGGCAGUUCACCAACAGAGAGAGCCGGGGAUGGGCUGGAGGGAGGAGCAGGGCAGAGGCCCAGGGAGGUUCAGAGACCUCAGUCCCGCUACGAGAACAGACGACCAAAGAAGUGGAGCAGGUAGGGAGAGAGGUAGGAGGCAUUUACAGGGUCCCAACAGAGACCGACAAAGGGAGGAGCCACAUCAAGAGAGGAGCCCCCCCUUUAAAAGGCAACGGAGAGAAAUGGAUGACGCCAAUCACCCUGGGUACAGGAAUGAGGAGGAGUUUGGGGAACAGCGUUACUCGGUGGAGACGCCCAGAGAUGGGUUUGGAGGAGACACUCAGGGGAGCCUCCCCCGUGGAGAUGUCCGACCCUUGAGACCACUUGUCAUUGAACAUGAUCACGGUAUCGUAAAUGUCAAAAAAUUGCCACAGUGGGAACAAUUAGCCAAACGCAGAGAUCUUGACUUUAAUCGACAGAGGAGUCCCCGCCCACAAGGCUCCUCGCAGGAGCGUUUCAGGACGUCAGACACACGGUUGGAUGAUCGGGAAGACGUGAGAGGACGCCGUUUUCAAGAUAAUUGGAGAGAUUCCAACUAUGUUGAAUCUCGGAGGAGCCCUGUGCCGCAAGACAGACCAAAUACCAUGAGAUAUGGUAAUCGAGAUGGGUCUUUGAACCCCAGGGGGAGAGGUUGUCCUCGUCCUGGGAGAGGGAGGUUUAAUCGUGGACAGGUCGGAAGGGCCGGACCACUCAGGACUCAACCACGUUUACAGCAAUCCUCCCAGGGAUACCAAGAUCUUCCUCAUGGAGAGCAGAGACUGGGAUAUCGACCCUUCAGAGAAGAUGGUAACAAGGAUCCCAUGGAAGGGGGGCCUCGCUGGUCAGAAGAAGACAGACUUCAAGAGCGGGAACAUGACAGGCCCCGAAGUCUGGAGCAACACUUACUGAGGGAUGACCUGGACCCCAAAAUGCCCCGUGGAUGGAGUGACAAGAAAACCAGUAACAUGGCCGCUGUGAAGGAGGAAACGUUAACCAUCAAAGUAGACAUGACCCGACCCAUUAACCAGAACAGCUUGCCGUGUUACUCCUCAGAGAGGCAGCUCUCUUUAGAUCUGGUCAACGUGGGGCGGCAGCGUCUCGACUUCCUGCCCAUGCUCGAGCACUCGGGCACAUAUCAAGAGACGGCCAUGCACACUGGGACGUUUGCCCAGGAAAUCAUCACGCUGGUGCACCAUGUCAAAGAGCAAUAUUUCAGAGAUGAUGGCCUCACCCUGAACGAGCGUUUCUCAGUUCCUCAGACGAGUGGCUUCUCUGAAGAGGAGACUGUGGAGCUGACGCUGGAUGAGCGGUUCAGUUCAAACCGAGGCUUCAGUCUAAACAUGAAGUCGCUGCAUGAUGACGAUGAGCCUCUGUUCUCCAGACUGGAAUCCAUGCAGGGUUUGAACCAGCAGCUGGUGCGAGACCCGGGGGACCUGAGGCACGACCUGGAGAGGAGGAGGCAGGAGAGACUGGAGGGUGUGACGGUCACAAUACCAGGCGGCAGUAUGUCACAGCGCCCCCUGGGUCAAGUCAGUGAGCCAGAGUUCAUUGACGAGAUGUCUCCGCUGGAAGACGACAGAUUCUCCACUUGGCCAGAGGAGCAAAGCAGGAGACAAGAAGGCAACAUGGUACCAAGAAGAGGAGCUUCACUCCGACCGAACUCCGGCUCCCAACGCAGGAACAAUCGCUUCAUUAACCGGGCUGGACCAAUGAGGCGACAGAACAACCGCAACAACCCUGCAGGUCCGACCUGGUGACCGGGCGUUGGAAACGUAUUUCAUGUGGAUGUUGCAGAUUUUUUUUUUUUUUUUACUGAUGACACGUCUCAUAAACAUGAUUUAAUGUGAAACGUUGAAACCUGCAGUGCUGGAGGUUCACGAUCUUGCGUCUUUCUGUUUUUUGCUUUCACAUUUAAUUUCUCUUCAUUUAAAACUUAAGUGAAUGUAUUUAACAUUUAAAUCACAACUUAGCGAAAUUAACCCGAAGAAUCGGUCAAGAUGAAACUGAAAAACUCCACUUUGACCGAGUGAAGUUUGGGAUCCUGAUCGUUCAGAUGUCAGGAAACUCGCAGCUUUCAGCGUCGGACAUGUGAAGGUUUCACUUCUUUUGACGACCUGUAGAUGUUUGUGUGUCUGUACAGAACGAUAUUACAUUAAACCAGCCUCUGUGACACGUGAGCAUCACCUGCUCCUCCUUGUCCCGUCUAAAUAAAAACACUAAAUCCAGAAA